UUUCCCUUUGUGUUAUAUAUGUGUGUUGACUUAUUUCGAACGCGUUUUUUUGUGAUCUUUUGGUGAUAGUUUAGUGUUUUGUUUGAUAAUCAAAGAUAUCGAAUAAUUCAAUUAGAAAUUGAAAAAGAAAAGAUGAGUCAUCAUCAUCAUCAUCAUCAUCGAUAUGAUUAUUCAUCAGCACCGAAACCUAAUCGUUCUUUGUUCAUAAAACGUGUUCCAUUUCAGACAAGAUCGCAUGAUUUACGUGAAAUUUUUGAAAAAUAUGGCCCAGUAAAAGAUGUUUAUAUACCAAAAGAUUUUUAUACAGGAAAAAUUCGUGGUUUUGCCUAUGUUGAAUUCGAAAGACUGAAAGAUGCUGAAUAUGCAAUACGAAAAUUAAAAUAUGAUCGUUUAUGGGGCAAUGAAUUAUGCGCAGAAUUUGCACAAGGAGAUCGAAAAACUCCAACACAGAUGCGAAAACGUAAUAAUUAUUCAACAACAAGUUAUGGACAACGUUCACCAAUUUCUAAUGAAUAUUAUUCUCGUAAAGAAGGAAAUUAUCAUCGAAGGAAUCGUUCACGAUCACCAUCAUCAAGCCAUAAUUCUCAUCGUUAUCAUCAUCAAAAACGACAAUCAUUUAGCCGUUCAAGAUCUCGUUCACCAUAUAAUAAUAAAAAAUAUCGACCAACAAGUCCAAAGCCAAGCUAUGAUCCAAGACUUUUUCUUGACUAGAAAAAAAAACAAAACAUUCCAAACAAAAAAAAAUUUAAUAUUUUGUAAUUAGAAAAAAAAUUAAAUAAA